UUGUAUUUACUUGUUAGAAGGAUGUCAAUUUAUUUACUUUGCUUAACAACAAAUGGUGGCCUACCUGUGUUUACCCGCAAAAAAGGGGACUGUGAUAAUUUACCUUUUUCGACAGUAGCCUCACUAAAUGGUUUUCAUAUGUUUUUCAAAUCUCUGGGUAUAACAUUGCAAGUGACAUAUUCCGAGGAUUGGACCUAUAUUUGGAAAGAUUUUCACAACGCUGUCACGUUGAUAGUUUGUGGCCGCUCAAUGACUGAGGGGAUCUUGCAGUCAUUAGCGGAAAUUGUUUUUGGAGCAAUUGCACUAUUUGUAAAUUAUAACGAGUUAGUUGACUUAACUUUGUUAGAUCGAAUGAAGAAGGAGGCAAGAAAUUAUGUACCUUUAAUAGAUGCCGCCUUGGAAGCUUGCACUACGCGUAUAUUGGGAUUUACUGAGUGUAUAUUGUCGGUAGAGAACCAACUGUUGACACAACGAUUAAACGAUUUUAGUGGGCUUUGCGGCUCGCUUUUUUGUUGCCUUGUAGUUGGAAAUAGUGUAGCGGUAGGCACAGAAGGUUGGUGGGAUUUGGACCCCAUCGAUCGAGAAUUGCUUUUGUUGCUAUUAAAUUCGGCGAGUACUCUACAGAAUGAUGUUCCUGUGUAUUUGCCUAAACGGGAUGCAACGCUAGCAUAUCGAUUCGUGACUAUUCCAUUAGCUCCAAGUAGUAUCGUAUGUGUUAUAUGUGGAGCAGGUCCGAGCUUUCGCGAAUUGCGGACUAUGGCGCAGGAUGCAUUCGGCUCAGAAAAUCUUCAGAACGUGGAGCGAUGUAUGACACGCCAUUUGCCAGAGCAUUUUGAAAUUGAUCAGUGUGUACUGGCUAUUAUAGUAGCUAAUGUAAAAGUGAAGAAAUGCGUUUUGGCACAUAAUUUAAAUCAAACUUCUGGAGGAAAGAGAACCAUAGGGGGAGGUCUUUUGCGUUUAGAUUUCAUAAAAAAAAUUUUUGAUCAAACUUUACAAUAUAAUAAAGCUCUUAAUGGCAAAAGUAAAGAAGUUGAAUUGCAUUCGCGAUAUUUGGAGCCGCUGGACCAGUAUUGGUGUUUGGAUUACCAUAAGUGCUAUGCACAUUAUGAUCAACUUGGAAAUACUAUUUUCAUCCUCUUUACUUCUUCGAUACCAACUCCUGCAAUGAGAUUUAUUACACAAAAACUGCUGUUCUCAAUUUUACAAGAUAAAAGCAUCGGUUGGUAAAUUAUCGUUGAAAAUAAUAUAUUUAUUUAUAUAGUAAAUUUGACAUCGAAUUUUUUACAAUAUACGUGUAUAUUUAUGUACUUAUUAUAUGUUCAAUUUAUUGUCUCAGAUUAUGUUAGCAAUUAUAACUACAUUAUCAUACAUUGGCUCCACAGUUGGUAUACUAGUUUGGAUUAAGUUAUUGUCAGUUGUCUUAUAUACGUAUGUAACAACGAAAUUUGCGUGCGUAUGCAACAUACGAAAUCUUACUGAAAUUAUUUAGUUGGUUUGCUAUAACUUUUAGGUUUACAAUAUGGUUAAGCAAGAACAAUAAUUCUAUAUUUUUUAAAAGUACGGAUCUGACCUUUAUACAUGGCAAUAUAAAUUUAAAUAAAGACAGA